AUAAGGCAAGUUCAAUGCGGUUCCUCCUUUGAAUACCUACUUAAACACUCCAUCUCACCCUCCAACGUCUCCCUCUUUCUUCCAUCAUACAACUCCAUCAACUCUCUCUCUCCACCACAACUUCUUUUGAUUUUCAAUAAAUCAUCAUCUACAAUAUCAUCUACUUCAUCAAAAGAUUAAUACUAUAAAAACAUCAUCAUGCAGAUCUUCGUCAAGACUCUCACCGGAAAGACCAUCACCCUUGAGGUGGAAUCUUCCGAUACCAUCGACAACGUCAAGGCCAAGAUCCAGGAUAAGGAGGGAAUCCCACCUGACCAACAGCGUUUGAUUUUCGCCGGAAAGCAACUUGAGGAUGGUCGCACUUUGAGUGAUUACAACAUCCAAAAGGAGUCCACUCUCCAUCUCGUUCUCCGCCUUCGUGGUGGUAUGCAAAUCUUCGUCAAGACUCUUACUGGUAAGACCAUCACUCUCGAGGUUGAGUCUUCCGAUACCAUCGACAAUGUCAAGGCCAAGAUCCAAGACAAGGAAGGCAUUCCUCCUGAUCAACAGCGUUUGAUUUUUGCCGGUAAACAACUCGAGGACGGUCGUACCCUCUCCGAUUACAACAUUCAAAAGGAAUCUACUCUUCACUUGGUCCUCAGACUUCGUGGUGGUAUGCAAAUCUUCGUCAAGACCCUCACUGGAAAGACAAUCACUUUGGAGGUUGAGUCAUCAGACACUAUCGACAAUGUGAAGGCUAAGAUCCAAGAUAAGGAGGGUAUCCCACCUGAUCAACAACGUCUUAUCUUUGCUGGUAAGCAACUUGAAGAUGGCCGCACUCUUUCCGACUACAACAUCCAAAAGGAAUCAACCUUACAUUUGGUCCUUCGUCUUCGUGGUGGUAUGCAGAUUUUCGUUAAGACCCUGACUGGAAAGACCAUUACAUUAGAAGUAGAAUCGUCAGAUACUAUUGAUAACGUUAAGGCUAAGAUCCAAGACAAGGAGGGUAUCCCACCCGACCAACAACGAUUGAUCUUUGCUGGAAAGCAGUUGGAGGACGGUAGAACUCUUUCGGAUUACAACAUCCAAAAGGAAUCCACAUUGCACUUGGUGCUUCGUCUUCGUGGUGGUCAAUAA